GCUACUUAGGCUUCACGAAUGGCUCGACACGAGGGGAGCAGCGGAGCGGUUUCGAUGAGCACGGUGGCUGUUGCAAUGGCAUUGCUGCUGCUUGGCUUUGAACAUGGCGAUGCUGCUACAACUUUUGUUGUUGGCGACUUGAACGGAUGGAACCUGGGCGUGGAGGGAUGGCUGAAUGGGAAGGUGUUUAGAGCCGGUGACAUAUUAAGAUUCAACUAUAACCCGACAGUUCACAAUGUGGUGGCAGUGGACGACGGGGGUAUAGAAGCUGCAUAGCUCCAAGUGGCGCCAAAGUGUUCAAUUCAGGCAAG